AUGGGUCGCAACAAACUCGACGAACCUUCCAUAACAUGCCCCACAGAGAAGAUAAUAGUGCGAAGAAUUCCCCCAGAGCUCCCUGAGGAGGAGUUUAAAGAGCUAUUCACUCCCUGUGUCGAAGGAGAAUGGAAUGGGUAUUAUAGAUACGUUAAAGGCCAUGUAGCCAAGGAUAUGUACGACGAAACGACAUUUGCAAGGGCUUACAUUCGUUUCGAUAGCUUGGAGCAAUCCGAGAAUUUCAUGAAAACCUUCAGGGAAAAGGUCAAUCAUGAUCCUGAGCAUUUUCGGGUAGAGAGGGCAAUUUACCUUCAUAUUGGACCGUUUGAAGAGGAACCAGUAAAGGAAGAAACAGAACCAUUAGAGUCUAAUGAAUAUUUCCAGAGGUUCUUAGAGUGGUAUAACACCGGCUGUGAGGGCGAAGCUCCACAUUUGUUAGUUCCAACUAUGUCUGACAAAAAGACAGGGAAAGGGAAAAAGUCCAAGAAAAAGGAUAAGGCCAAAUCAAAACCCAAAGUGGACAAGGCCAAAGCCCAAGAACAACAAGAGGUAGACAAACCUGACUCUAAAGAGAAAGUUCAGGGGAAGGAUAAAUCAAAGUCGAAAGCAAAGAAAGAAAAGAAAAAGAAGAAGCAGGCAGUGAACCAAGAUAAGUCGCCAGAAGAAGUUAAAACAACUUCUUCAGCUCCUUCGGAAGAUACCCCGGUCAAGUCGAAACCCAAAAAACGAACCAAAAAACCAAAGUCCAAAGCUAAAGAUCCUGAGUCCUCAUCUGAACCUAAUGAAAACUCCAACGAAACUUCCAAGCCCAGCGACCUGGAAAAUCCUAGUUCUGCAUCAGCUAAAACCAAAUCCAAGCCUAAAAUAACGAUUAAACAGAGACCAAGUCCCAAACCGGAGCCAGACUCUAAUUCUCCUCAAAACCAUGCUGCAGAGAAUUCUAGUACCGUGUUCAUAGAAGCUUGA